GGGCGAUGGCGACGGUUUCCACCGCUUGAUGUGAGUGUUUUGGGGUCGGGGUUGUGGAUACUUUGCUUCCUCCACCAUAUAUAAGAAGCCCCUGGACUUUGCCUCCCGGUAGAACGAACUACUUUUCUCUUGUUUGCCUUUUUGAUCGCGGUUGGCUGCAGCUCAGACAAAGCAGUUUUCAAGCUCCGAUUUUCAAGUUCAUUCACCAACGUUAAGCGUCAAGAGCAAGAAACUUCUCCCCUGUUCUUUCCAAGCCUCACUUCAAGACCAAGAAAAAGCCAGAAGCUUAGGCACUAGGCGGGGCAAUCGGGGGACGUCUUUAAAAAUCGCCUUCUCUGCCUUUUUUACCUCUUUCCCUACCGGACCUUCACCACGAACCAUCGAAGAUCUGAAGUCCCAAACAUCACCUUUAUCUACCUCAACCUACCACUAACAUCAAGAUGCCGUGGACCGCUGAGACGGAAGCCAAGCUCUUCUCAGGUUGCCUUCAAGUCCUCGACCUGAAGCUCAGCAAGGAAGACCUGGUCAAGCUAGCUGAGUUCUUGGACAAUGAGUUUACCCCCGACGCCAUCAGACAGCAUGUGACGAAGAAGUUGGCCAAGGGCAUCAUAUCCGGCAAUGGCGGCUCAGCCAACAAAAUCGCCGGCACACCCGUGAAGAAGACACCCAAGAAGGUCGCCACUCCUUGCUCCAAGCGUGGAGUCAAGAAGGAGGUUGACUCAGAUGAGAACGACGACGACGCUCUGCCGGCCACGCCGUCCAGGAAGCGUGCUUCGUCGCGCAAGACGGCCAAGCCCGUCAAAUCCUACAGCGAGCAGACUGACGAGGAGGACAACGGCGACGAGGACGAACUCCAGGGACCCGCGACCAAGAAGCCUCGCCUUGACGAUUCAACUAACGGCCAUGAGGAGGCGAACGGCCAGGACGGAGGUUCUGAGGAGGAGGCUGCCGUUGAGCCCAGUACCUUGCCUCAAGUUGAUAGCGCAGAUGGGAUCUAGCGGUUCCACGGCCGACACUUGGUUCCUUGGAAACUACUACACAUCGAUGUUGAGGGGAGCUUCAAAAAUGUGCCCGACAAAAACAGAGAUGCUCAGUUUUGCUAUUUGUUUUCCUGCGGCAUGCUUCUUGUCCCUACAGCAGUAGUUUAUGAUACAGGCAAAUGAAGGAGCCUCACAGAGACGAUAACGAAC